GAAACAGUUGGAAGUGGGGCGUGUGCAGAGCGUAACGUUGCAUUUCUAUAUUUUCAUCACGACAAUUCUCGCACACAGGUGCAGCUGCUGUGUGUGUGUGUGCGCGCGUACGUGUUUCGUGUCUAUGGUUGUGAGGGCGCGUGAAAAUCCCACAAAAUCAAGAGCAGCAGGAGAAUCACAGUCAGCUGUGCGUUUUGCUUCGCCUUCGUCGGCAAAAUGUGUGAAAUAUAAAUGCAAAUUAAAUGUAAUAAGCAUAAAUUUCAGAUUAAUAGCCGUGAAUAUUUCAAGUUGAGUAAAUUUUAAACAGUGUGCAAACAAAUACUACAACGCCUGCUAACAGCGCGCGCGCUCUUUGCCUUAGUGUUGUGUAGUGUGUGUUUUAUUUUUACUGGUAGUUAUUGUUGUAAGGCCGCCGCGGAUUUAGUUCUGUGUUCCUUUUAAGCCCCGCAGCCUACAUUUUGACAGCAAAAUCAAAGCAGGAGCAGCACAAGCAGAAGCAGCAGCAGCAGCAGCAGAGGAAGCGGCAACGAACGUGAGGGCUCGAUAAGGAACUCAUUGGGAAUACAUUUAUUUAUAAAUAAAUAAUUGAUAGGCAGACGGGCUGCAUGGAGGCUGAGUGCACAAGGAGACUGUUAAAUUGACUUAACCAAACGUGUGGCGCACAGAAAGGACACUCGUGUGUCUCGUGUCAUCGUCACUGCUUCCUCUUCAUAUCCAACUUCAGACUGAUUCACUGAUUCACCCGCUGCAGACUGCAGGCCAAAUUGUAUAACAAACUGUGGAGAGUAGUGGAAAAUACUUGGUGAACGCAAUAGCAAAAUACAGCAAAAGGCAUUUCAAGUGGAAUGGCAACAAAUUGAAAUACGUGUCCUGCAUCAGACGUGUGGCAUGUGCAACAACAAGAACAAGUACAGAUAACUACUUGAACAACAACAUAUCAGCAGCCCCCAAAAUUGUACAGCAAAUCAGCUGGAAACCUUUUUGGGCCACAUAUCCGGACGCAUAAAUCAUCGAGAGCAGAGCGCGCUCAUUGAUUAAUGUUACGCAUACGCAGUGCGUGCCAACCAAGCGAGGCGCCCUUUAACUGUGACCAGUCAACGACUUCCACUGGCCAUUAACAACUGUCCAACGCCCACAACAACAGCUGAAAUCGUAGCCACAGUUGCACCACAAAGGAAACCCCCACGAAAGUCAUCAUGGCAUUUAUAUGGCGACGUCGCUCCACAACAAUUGUAAAGCUGGUGGCACUGAUGCUGGCCAUUUGGUUCUGCAUCGCCUUCCUCAUCUACACGGACGACACGCGCCGGCGAGCGGCACAGGAGACCAGCGGCUACGGUGCCAGUGGCAACAUCAAUGCCGGCGGCGGUGGCGGUGGCGGUGGCGGUGCCGGAGACCCAAUUGCAUUGGCCCUGAAAAAUGGUCCCAUCUCCGAAGAGGAACCAGGUAGCGACACCCUAGCUGUUUAUGACAAUGCCAUUGGGGAAUCCAAUCGCGUAAAGGUGAUACCACGUCAGCAGGACGACGAUUCGUUGCGCCACAACGCAGUCGUCCAUGCGGUCGAGAAGCCCGUCCACAAGCAGCAGCCUCCACCCAAAGAGGACGAUAAAAGCGUUUUGGAUGCGCCAGCGGCGAAUCUUAAUGAUAAUCCUGGCGAGCUGGGCAAACCUGUGAUUCUUCCCAAGGAAAUGCCGAUAGAUAUGAAGAAGGCCGUCGACGAUGGCUGGACAAAGAACGCCUUCAAUCAAUAUGUCUCCGAUUUGAUAUCCGUACAUCGUUCACUGCCCGAUCCGCGCGAUGCCUGGUGCAAGGAUUCGGCACGUUAUCUUAGCAAUCUGCCCAAGACCGAUGUCAUCAUUUGCUUCCACAAUGAGGCCUGGUCCGUACUGUUGCGCACGGUGCAUUCCGUACUGGAUCGCUCGCCACCCGAGCUGAUUGGCCAGAUUAUCCUGGUGGAUGAUUACAGUGAUAUGCCACAUCUCAAGAAACAGUUGGAGGAUUAUUUCGCCUCCUAUCCCAUGGUGCAGAUUGUGCGUGGACCGCAACGCGAGGGCUUGAUACGCGCUCGCCUCCUGGGCGCCAAAUAUGCCAAAUCACCUGUCAUCACCUACCUGGAUUCGCAUUGCGAGUGCGCUGAGGGUUGGUUAGAGCCGCUCUUGGAUCGCAUAGCCCGCAACUCGACCACAGUCGUCUGUCCCGUUAUUGACGUUAUCGAUGAUACGACUCUGGAGUUUCACUAUCGCGACUCCAGUGGAGUCAAUGUGGGUGGCUUCGAUUGGAAUUUACAGUUCAGUUGGCAUGCGGUGCCGGAACGUGAGAAGAGGCGCCAUAACAACACAGCGGAGCCUGUCUACUCGCCCACCAUGGCCGGCGGUCUGUUUUCGAUAGACCGUGAGUUCUUCGAGCGUUUGGGCACCUACGAUUCUGGUUUCGAUAUCUGGGGAGGUGAGAAUCUGGAGCUGUCCUUCAAGACAUGGAUGUGCGGCGGCACACUCGAAAUUGUGCCCUGUUCCCAUGUGGGACACAUAUUCCGCAAACGUUCGCCCUACAAGUGGCGCACGGGCGUGAAUGUGCUGAAAAAGAAUUCGGUUCGUCUGGCUGAGGUCUGGAUGGACGAUUACUCCAAGUAUUACCUUCAGCGCAUUGGCAUGGAUAAAGGCGACUUCGGUGACGUUAGCGAACGCAAGAAGCUGCGCGAGGAUCUGAAAUGCAAAUCUUUCAAAUGGUAUUUGGACAACAUUUAUCCGGAGCUCUUCAUACCCGGCGAUGCGGUGGCCAAUGGCGAGAUAAGGAACUUAGGUUAUGGCGGUCGCACCUGCUUGGACUCGCCGACGGGCAAGCGGAACAUGAAGAAGCCAGUUGGCCUCUAUCCGUGCCACAAGCAGGGUGGCAAUCAGUAUUGGAUGCUGAGCAAGGCUGGCGAAAUACGACGCGAUCAAUCCUGUCUGGACUAUGCCGGCAAGGAUGUGAUACUCUUCGGCUGUCACGGUUCCAAGGGCAAUCAGUUCUGGACAUAUCAUGAGAACACGAAGCUGUUACAUCACGGCUCCUCGGGCAAGUGCCUGGCCAUCAAUGAAGGCAAGGACAAGCUCAUCAUGGAGGAGUGCGAUGCCUCGCAUCUGCGACAGCACUGGCUGCUGGAGAACUACGAUAGCUCCAAGUUGUGAGGCUACUUCUAUGCGAAGGGCACCAUACUGGUGCCCACAUUGCAGAGCAUGCGCGCAUAGCAGGACAUUCAAGGAUACUGAACAGGAGCAGCAGCAGCAGCAGCAGCCGCAGCAGCAGUAGGCGUAGGAUUAGAUGUUAACAAUAAUUUUUAAUCAAGUGACACGGCCUGCGAGAGUUGUGCAAUAGGCAGUAGCAAAGUAUUUGCCAUGGCUUUUAACUAAAGCAGUAACACGUACACACACAUACACAGAAACACACACACAAUAAGGCAGUGCAUACUAUCAGUAAUUUAUAUAUACACAUUUUUAUGUCUAUUCCAAUUAAAUCAUGCGAUAAACUUAGCUGAGUUAGUUUGUAAGCGCACAUGCAAGAAAGAGAACGACUGUUGUACAGUAGAUCUUAAGUUUUCCAAGCGUAGCACAUUUAAAAAUUAAUGAAUAUAUAAAUAUAGUUAUUUAAAAUGUAAUCUAAAGAGUAGUUAACCCAGCUGGGUUCAACUAGAAAGUCGUAGCGCAAUUUUUGCAUUUACAAGUUAAAACUUUUUAGCACAAUUUUUUAAGGCAAACUUUAUGUGUCCUUUGCCUGUGUGUGUGUGCGAGAGUGAUGUGUGUGUGUAAUUGACAUUUUUGAAAUUGCACAAGGCCAAUAACCGAGUUGUGUUGUGCAGUGCAUAUAUGCAUAUAUGUAAUAUUUAUAUAUAUAUAUGUAUAUGCAUGAAUAUAUAUAUAUUUUACUAUUAAUGAAUUCUCCUGACAUCUAAAUGGCUUUGCAAAAGUCGCGUUCCAAAUAUGUUUUAGUCCGUAAGUCUAUUGUUAUUGUAGUUUGGAAAGCAUUUGGUGAUUAUGCCCCGCCCCUCGCCCGAUAUACUUAUGUGCCCGCCGCCCUUAGCAUUCCCAAUUGUCGACAAGUAUGUACUUAUAUGGCACCAUCCAUUGCGUUAGCUAUUUGCUUUUAUUUAUUUUGUUUUUAAGCUGAAAUUCUAAAUCGAAACAUUUGAAAGAAAACAAGGAGACCUAUGCCAAAUUAUAUUUAGAGGGCUUACUUAUAGUUAUUUUUUUAUUUAAAAAACAAAAAAAAUUAAUUUCUUGUGAGUUUUGUUGUGAACAAUGACAACAUAUCCCGUUUGUUAGACAACGCCAGCUUGUAGUGGAUACCUUUUGUAUGUAGUAUAUCAUCAGUUCAGACAGACUUAUGGAUAUCACUAAAGUAUAGAGCUAGGUACUUAAUGUUAAGACACAAAUAUGCAAUAGUGCCUUCUACUUUUUACUAACAUAAUAUGCAAACACAGCAUACCAACAUAAUUGUUUAUCUCCCAGCUUCAAUGGGUAUAAUUUAAGUGACAAGCAGAACCGACUGUAAAUAUCUAUAAACUGUACAAUUUUAUAUCGCAAAUGUAAAUAAUCAAACAUGGUCGAAUAGCAGACACAUAAUAAAUACUAUUAUUGGCUAGCCACUAAUCUUGAACAUACAUAUAUCACGAUAUAGUGUCAUGUCCUGUUUGAUUUGCGAUCGCACCCACAUUUACAAUUAGCGUACAGAAGCCAUAAACGUGGUCAAGAAAUUUUUGAUAAUGAUACAAUAAUACCCUAAGUGCGUAGUGAAUGUUUAGUACUUAAGAAAUUGCGCAAGCUGUACAAGGACACAAAAAUAGUUACAAAUAAACAAACCCUUCGUGUACUGAAAA